AUGCAGCUGGCAAUUGCAAAGAUGCAAGAAUAUGCCCUCGCCAACAACUUCGCACUUGUCAUCAAAGAUGGUAAACCAACUCGAGUUUACUUGAAGUGUUCUAAGGGUGGUCACUAUAAAAACACCCGAAAGAUUGACGACAACGACCGUAAGAAAAUUCCUUCUAGUGGAAUGAUUGGGUGCCCGUAUCUCCUUAAGGUAUCCUACAAGAAGGCAGCCAAAGGAUACUUUCUCUUGAAGGCCACUCAUGAGAUCGAAGCCUUCCACAACCAUCCCCUUGACGAUGAAUGUAUGGAGUCUAUUUUGAAGGGCAGACUCUCAAGAGUUACAACAGAAGAUUCUAUUAUGAUAACAAAGCUUAUCGAGACAAAUACCAAGACUCGUGAGAUUCAAAAAGCAAUCAAUGACGAAGCAUACCCUGGUCAUAAGUUGUACGUGUCAAAGCGAGCGUUGCUUGUACUUGACCAGGAGCUCCGUUUACCAGAAGAUGAUGAGAAGUGCUAUUGCAUGAACAAAGUUCAAUAUGGCCUACCUUGUCACCAUACCCAACCAGUAGAAAGGGAUCUUCAAAUCUCUGAUCUACCAGAUAGAUGGAUUAUUGAUGCUAGAAAGGAAGACAAGGCAUGGAAUCAGCCAAAUAUGCAAGUUCCUGUCAUCGAAAAACCCAAGGAGUGGAUGAGUGAAAUCAUUAAGCUUGAAGCUUUAUUCCGCUCUUGCGAAGGCAGCCAGCAAGUUGCUGAUCUUUUAAAAAAAGUGAAAAAAGCUGUAAAUGACUUUGAUGGCAAAAAUGGUCAUUCUCCUAUCAAACUGCAAGCGCCAGAGAAUGUCAAGUAUCCAGGAAGACGCAAAGGCAGCAGCCGUCCUAAAUACUUGCCAAAGGACUUUGGUCGCCCAAUGUGGAGAAAGACAAGUAUCUUGGCUGGAACUGUUACAAAGAUGGUUGAAAAGAGUUUAUCUGGCCUUAAGGUCACAAGAAAACAAAACAAAAAUAUUAAAAAAAUCAAAAAAGAGCCUCUCGACUCAGCUUUCUUAGUCAAUGCUACCAAAAACAAAACAAAACAAAUUGAAAAGGAGCCUCUCGACCCAGUCGAUGCCACCAAAAACAAAACAAAACAAGUAAAACAAGAGCCUCUCGACCUAGUCGAUGCCCCCCAAAAAAAUGGGUUCAAAAGACCCGCCACCGCCUUAGAAGAUUACCAGUAUGAUAAUCGCACCUCUGUUGGCAAGAGGGUCAAAUUCCAGCCCGGUUUUCCUGUCUCUCAUGAGAUAAUCGAUGAUGUCAAGGGUGGGUUUAGCCCUACUGCUGACGGAUGGUGUGGUUUUCGGGUCCUUGCCCACUUGAUCUACAAAGAUCAAAAUAAGUUUCCACUUGUAAAAAGGGAUAUGCUAGCCGCCCUGCCGAAAUACAAAACAUUGUACGCAAAUACCUUUGGCACUGACACAAGCCAACUAGAAAAAAUUAUUCAACAUGGCUCUCAACUCGAUUAUAGCAACACCAGCAACACCAACACCAACACCAACACCAACACCAACUUCAUCCCAGUAUGUUCAGAUGCCAGUAUGUGGUUUAACACACCCGACUGUGCUCAACUAGCUGCGGACACAUAUACACGACCAGUCUGCGUCUACUCAGACAGCCCCAACACCCCCUCAACAACCUUUCUUUCAUUCGCCCUUCCCAACAACAAAACCAAACAACGACAACCUCUGAUUUUUAAUCAUGUUAACAGUAAUCACUGGACAACAGUUGACCUUUCCCGUAAUAUCUCUAGAAAAUGGCCAACCGUUCCUGAAUUAUUUUUUUUAGGUUGUUCCAGAAAUAAGAUUGAUGAUAACUUUGAUACUUACUGGAAUAAGUUCAAAGAAUUUAACAAGCAUGAUCGCCGAAAUGCCAUGCUCUCUCUCCAUUCUGAUCUAGAUCAACCAAUUGAUCUUACUCCAAAAUAA